GUGCUGGAUAUGUGCUAUAAAAAGAGAUUUCUGGGUGCCCGGUUAUCACACUUUUGGUGUAGAACUGAUUGAGAAAUCAUCACUUUCAAAUAUCAGUCUUCCAGACAAUCAUAAUGAGGGAAUGCAUCAGUAUCCACGUGGGACAGGCCGGAGUCCAGAUCGGCAAUGCAUGCUGGGAGUUGUACUGUCUGGAGCACGGAAUCCAGCCUGAUGGGCAGAUGCCGUCCGACAAGACGAUUGGGGGAGGGGACGACUCCUUCAACACGUUCUUCAGCGAGACGGGGGCGGGAAAGCACGUUCCACGGGCUGUCUUCGUCGAUUUGGAACCAACUGUCGUCGACGAGGUACGAACCGGCACAUAUCGUCAACUCUUCCACCCCGAGCAGCUGAUCACCGGAAAGGAAGAUGCCGCCAACAACUACGCCCGCGGUCACUACACAAUCGGCAAGGAGAUCGUCGACCUCGUCCUUGACAGAAUCCGGAAGCUGGCCGACCAGUGCACUGGUCUCCAGGGAUUCCUCAUCUUCCACAGUUUCGGUGGUGGUACAGGGUCGGGUUUCACCUCACUUCUCAUGGAGCGCCUGUCGGUGGACUAUGGAAAGAAAUCCAAGCUAGAGUUCGCCGUCUACCCCGCUCCUCAGAUCUCCACGGCGGUAGUGGAACCCUACAACUCCAUCCUGACCACCCAUACCACCCUGGAACACUCCGACUGCGCCUUCAUGGUCGACAACGAGGCCAUCUACGACAUCUGUCGUCGAAACCUCGACAUUGAACGUCCGACAUACACCAACCUGAACCGUCUCAUUGGUCAGAUCGUCAGUUCCAUUACUGCCUCUCUCCGAUUCGACGGCGCCCUCAACGUUGACUUGACCGAGUUCCAAACCAACUUGGUGCCCUACCCACGUAUCCACUUCCCCCUGGCCACCUACGCCCCGGUCAUCUCCGCCGAGAAGGCCUACCACGAACAGCUGUCUGUUGCCGAGAUCACCAACGCAACCUUCGAGCCUGCCAACCAGAUGGUCAAAUGCGAUCCUCGUCACGGAAAGUACAUGGCCUGCUGCAUGCUGUACCGUGGUGACGUCGUGCCCAAGGACGUCAACGCAGCCAUCGCCACCAUCAAGACCAAGAGGACCAUCCAGUUCGUCGACUGGUGUCCCACCGGGUUCAAGGUCGGCAUCAACUACCAGCCGCCCACCGUCGUCCCGGGAGGUGACUUGGCCAAGGUCCAGCGUGCCGUCUGCAUGUUGAGCAACACGACCGCCAUUGCCGAGGCGUGGGCGCGUCUCGACCACAAGUUCGAUCUGAUGUACGCCAAGCGCGCCUUCGUCCACUGGUACGUCGGUGAGGGUAUGGAGGAGGGAGAGUUCUCGGAGGCUCGCGAGGAUCUGGCUGCCUUGGAGAAGGACUACGAAGAGGUUGGCGUCGACUCUGUGGAGGGUGAGGAGGAGGGUGAAGAUGAAUACUAGACGCAGACAGUCUGUGAUAUGAUGGUCUAUACCAUGGUUAACAUUAACAUAAUGGACGUUUUAUUUUUUACAGGAUGUCAAUAAACCUUAUGUUUAUU